AAGGGAUUCUGUCUCAGUAUUGACCUUUUUGACUGUGAUCCUGCCUCCAGAACCAUCCAAUUUACAUUUGAAAGACAGAAGAAAACAUAAUUCCACCCUAGACACGCCCACAAAUGUUUUUUUUGUAGAUCUGUAGGCCUAUAGUGGGCAGGGUUUCAUUACACCUACAAUUGCUUUCAAUAGAUACAAAUAUGUAAGCUCUUUGCAGUUUGCACAUUUAACAAAAGCCCUUCAUAGCAUUACAUCAGAUCCCAGGUUGGAGUUGUGUUGACAGUAGUCAUGGCAGCAUCUGCACAGGAGAUAGCACCCUGGCAGGUGUACCUUGCCAGUGGCGCUAACCGGCUCUCCCAUGACCACAGAGGGGGACACUGGAACAGCGUUUGCAGUGGUGCGGGAGGAUAUGGAACCCGCAUCUCAAUGGAAUAUGCAUCAAGUGUCCCUGUGAGCGUCACCAAUGUCUCAAACUCCCUGUGCCUCAAUGAGAGAGAGAAUAUGCAAGAUCUUAAUGAUCGCUUCGCCUCCUACCUGGAAAAGGUACACCAACUAGAGGCAGCCAACGCUCAGCUUGAGCUACAGAUCAAGGAACAUCUGGAGAGAAGCUUCCUUGGUGACCGUAAAGACAUGGGUGGACACUUGGGGAUAAUCGAUAACCUUCGGAACCAGAUUUCUGAAUGGUACACAACCCAUGCCCAACUCAGGCUGCAGGUCGCCAAUGCUCAACUGGAAGUCUAUGGCUAUAAAUACAAGUGUGAACAGGAGGAGAGGCGUCUCUUGGCAGCGGAGGCAGAGCUGAGCCACCUGCAGAGUAUUCAGCAUGAGUUCAUCGAUAGGGAAGGAGAUCUGCACAUCCAACUGGAUGGAAACCUGGAGGAAAUGGACCUCCUCAAGAGCAACCAUGAGGAGGGAGUGCAGGGAGUGAUGGCCCAGAUGUCUGGGUUGGUUAACGUGGAGAUGGACUGUGCUCACUCAGUGGACCUGAAUGAGAGUCUCAGUCGCCUAAGGGAGCAGUGUGGGGCGAUGGUCCUGAAGAACAAAACAGAGGCUGAGAGCUGGUUUCGGAGCAAGGUGGACAGCAUGAAGACCCAGGUGACCGUCUGUUCCGAUGGGUCCGAGGUUAGGCAGACAGAGAUAGAUGACCUAAAGAGAAAAGUCCAGGACCUAACUCUGGAGUUGCAGCUAUUGGAGACCCAGAAUCUGUCAAUGGAGAGGGACGAGAUGGAAGUGAAUGAGCGAUACAGUAUUCACCUCAGUCGGCUUCAGCAGCACUUAGACAGCCUGGAGGUGGAGCUGCUGCAGCUAUGUACAGCCACAGAGCAGCAGGCUGUCCAGUACCUGAUGCUACUGGACAUCAAGACCAGGCUGGAGAGGGAGAUUGCUGAGUACAGGAGACUGCUGGAUGGAGGGGGAGCCAGCAGGAAAUCAAGCCCCAACGCCAUGGCUAGUGUCACGUCUCACUGUGCAAUGAGCAAUGGAACUGCCUUCCAACAUGUCUUCAUGCCAAUUCAGAGUUCCUCCAUUAGUGUACCAAGAGCAAGUGUACCAAUAAUUUGUGUACCAAGAGCAAGCGUGUCAAGUAUUAGUGAGUUCUCAAGAGAGACCUCAAGCAAUUUAGAAAACGGAGGACAAGUGGUAGGUGCAGCCAUUGGCGAGCAGGUUACCUGUGUGCAGAAAGUGUUUCUGUAUAAUGCCUCCGAUAAAACAGUGCAGAGUGUACAAACUUCCAAUCAGGUUAGCACUGUAAAAGAAGUCCAAAGCAAAUAUUUAGAAAGUGGGCAUCGGGUUGGAUAUUCAGAGAGCAGCGCUAACACCAGCUCUGCACAACAUGGAUCUAGCGCUAACACCAGCUCUGCACAACAUGGAGCUAGCGCUAACACCAGCUCUGUACAACAUGGAUCUAGCGCUAACACCAGCUCUGCACAACAUGGAGCUAGCGCUAACACCAGCUCUGCACAACAUGGAGCUCACGUUGUGAGUAGCGUUGAGAAUAAAACCACCACUGUCAGUAGAGUCAAUGACAGACCACUUGAUAAUAUCAGUGUGAUUAUCUCAACACCUCAGAUUAGCGAAGAUGCAUCUCAGAUUAAAGACACAGAAGUUGUUCAGAUCACUAGUAGUGAUGUUGAUGUUACCAAUGUUAACUGUGGAGGACAGACUGCUAGCAAGGUGAAUGAAGAAGAGAUAAGCAUUGCCGAUGACACAGUACAAGUUAGCAGUGAGGAGGCCGUAGUGGUGGUUGGUGUCAGUGAUGUAAAAAACACAGGUCAGAUAAAAUGUAGGGAAACUGAGAUCCAGGAGAGAAGUUUGGAAAGUGAGACUAACAUUGGCAGUGAAAAUCAGAUUGUUAGUACUGUGCAUGAUGCUCGAAUGAUCUCCGCAGAGGAAGAAAACCAAUUCAGAAGUGAGGAGACUCAGAUUGACAGCAUGGAGGUUAGGAGUCAGAUGAAUAGCUGUCAAAUUGAAACUCAGAUCAGUGGAGUUCUGAGUGUUUCGGAAAGUGUUGCUCAGAUAACCCGUGUAGGAAAUGGCAGUCAGAUCAGCUGUGUUGAAACUGGAGCACAGCUCUGCUCCUUGGAGAUAAACAUCACAGAAAAUGAGGUUCAGCCAAGCAGUCAGCCAACAGAAGUAAAUAUCACCCAAUCGGAAGACAGAUUUGAGAUGAUAAAUGCUGAACAUGGAGAGCAUGUUAUUAUAGAGGAAACUAUCAUUGAGGAGACAAGCUGUAUAUCCAGAAAGAGUGACACUGUGGAGAGCAGCAGGGUUGAAAGUGUAGGACCGGUUGAUGAGCUGGAAGUCACAGCUGUAGUUGGUGAUGCAGACGACGAAGGUCAACCAAACUGUGAGGAGAGUAGAGGUCAGAUAAACAUUGCUCAGGGUGGUGACCUGACGAGCACAAUCAUAACAACAAGUGUGGUUGAAAUGAAGAGUGCUGAUGAGGCUGAUGACCCGACAAGAAGUGUGGUUGAGAUGAUCAGCACAGAAAUAUCAAUGGCAUCCAGCCCUGUGGAAUUUGAGGUUCCAAUUGUCCACAGGGAGUACAGAGCUCAAAUCCCCUUGAUGGAGAGUGAAGGUAUGAUUAGCAGAGAUGUUCAAAUGAUUGACCACGUCUCUACAGGUGACAUAAGCACUGUGGAAACUGUAGUAGUCUCGUUCCCAUCCGUGUCUCAGACAACUGACAGCGAUAAUGCUAACAGCAUGGGAUGCGAGGAUAAGGAAACUGUGAUCCAGGUGAAGAAAGUGGAAGGUCCAGUUCCAAUCAGCAGUGCAGAACGGGGUCUGAUCACCAAUGCUGUACAGAUUAGCAGCGCUGCAAGUGACAAUACGAUCAGCAGUGCCACAGGUGUAGCGGUAAAAGUGCCAGCUAGCACAGUGGCAAGUGCAGUGGAGAUCAUCAGUGAUAUGAGAAGUGGAAGUAUGAUAAGUACUGGAGGUAUGACUAGUGUAGGCAGUGGUGGUUUGAUCAGCAGGACAGAAAUUGGCUAUAUGAUGAAUAAUAUGGUAAGUGGACAGAUGAUAUCUAGUGCAGGAAGUAGACACAUGGUAACUAGUGCAGGAAGUGGACACAUGAUAACUAGUGCAGGAAGUGGACAGAUGAUAACUAGUGCAGGAAGUGGACAGAUGAUAACUAGUGCAGGAAGUGGACAGAUGAUAACUAGUGCAGGAAGUGGACACAUGUUAACUAGUGCAGGAAGUGGACACAUGUUAACUAGUGCAAGUAGUGGAGGAAGUGGAGAAUGGUUGGUUUAUGGUGGAGGUACAGGCAGACUCAGUGGUCCAGGUAGUGGAGGCAGACUCAGUGGUCCAGGUAGUGGAGGCAGACUCAGUGGUCCAGGUAGUGGAGACAGACUCAGUGGUCCAGGUAGUGGAGGCAGACUCAGUGGUCCAGGUAGUGGAGGCAGACUCAGUGGCCCAGGUAGUGGAGGCAGACUCAGUGGCCCAGGUAGUGGAGGCAGACUCAGUGGCCCAGGUAGUGGAGGCAGACUCAGUGGCCCAGGUAGUGGAGGCAGACUCAGUGGCCCAGGUAGUGGAGGCAGACUCAGUGGUCCAGGUAAUAGUAACGGCAGUGGAGUCUGGACCCAUGUGAAUUCCGAAAGUGUCUCUCAGUUUAACAGAAACACGAGCAAUGAAAGGACUGGUAGACUUAGCAGUGCAGGAAGUGGAGAAUGGAAGGUUUAUAGUAGAAGUAAUGGACAGAUCAGUAAGUCAGGAAGUGGGGGAAGAAUCAGCAGUGCUGGAAGUGGACACAUGAUCAGCAGUGCUGGAAGUGGAGGUAGACUGAGAAGCAGAAGCACAGGAAGUGGAGGUGGACUAAGUAGUGCAGGUAGUGGACAUAUGAUCAGCAGUGGAGGUAGACUGAGUAGCAGUAGCACCGGAAGUGGAGGUAGUGGACAUAUGAUCAGUAGUGCAGGUACUAGUGGACAGAGAAUUAGUAGUACAGAGGGUGGUGUCAGGAUCAGCAGUGGGGGUAGUCGAGUGAUUACCAGCAGUGGUGGUCCAGCCAGCAGCCCGAGCAGAGUGACCAUCAGGAACACAGGAAGCGGAGGCGGUGGAGGCAGAGAGCGGAUCAGCGUCUGUAAAAUGGCUGCCCUCUCCAUAUCAGCUGCCGUGAAAGAAAGAGAAAAGGCCCAGGAGGUCCGUCGGGAAUCCUACACAAAACGGGUGUCAGCCACCAGUCCUCAGGUCCAGCGGUGGGUGAGAACAUCGGUAGAAGAAACUGUGGACAACAGUAAAACUGAUGAUGACAGUGUGCCAUUCUGAGUGGACAGAGGAGCAAGGCAUAAUGACAAAAUAGUCACACUACUUAUAGUUAAUACAUAUCUAUUACAUUGCAUUCCAUCAAAGGAGCGUUAAUACCUUUAAAUGACCAGUAUCACAAUGCACCUUCAUGUUAGAAAACGUGUUUUCACAGGAUCUCUGUCUGCAAUAAUUCCUGUUACUGUGCCUUUCAUCAUUGCUGUGAAUAAGUAAUGCACUGAGUUUUCUGUUUGAACAGUAAUCUAUAAAGUUCUGAAAUAUACUCUUGACAUGGUUAUAGGGACGCAGGGGUGAUGCAAUUUGUUCUACGCCAAACAAUUUGAUCUUAUUGGAUUCAGUUUCCUUGUAAAGCGCUUACACUUACCUUUAUCCAGAAGAUGUCAGUAUAUGCAUUUAGGUGAUCAGUUGUGGAGCGAGUCAGCUAGUCAUCUCAUUUGACCCAUUUACGCAAGUUAGUAUAACUUGUAGAUUUUAUUUUAGCAGUUUGAAGUCAAUGUAUCAAAGCUUAAAUAAAGCUUCUGAUGACUUAUUACUUUAUAUUGUUUUUAAUGAUGAAGAAAAUAUUUUACUGUUAUUACUUCACACUUAUGAAUACAAUUGUUCUGAAAUAUUAUUCUCAUCUUAUUUCGUUUUAUUGUGAUACUUUUCAAAUGUGUAUUUGAAAGUGUUCUUAUAAUAAAGUUAUAAUAAAGUUUUACUUAAUUCAAACAUGAAACAAA